AUGUCAUCAUCACACAAGAGAGAAGCUCAUGGAAAGGGCUUUUCAAAAUCUGCCAUCAACCAACGCAAAAGUCGAAACAGAGUCGACUCCUUAUCAGAUAAUAGUUUUGACCCUGUAGCCUCUCGCACUCAAUCUCAUGCAUAUCUUACCAGUUUAUCCUUACCACCAUUUAGGCAAUCGUUACCCUUUCACACCAACAGGACCCUGUCUCCACUUGAGAAUGAUCUGUCUGUUGUUAAACUGCCUCAGUUAGUAUCAAAAGUGGGCAUUGAACUGGCGCUCAGAGAGUCGCCGUGGAAUGAUGGACCCCGUUUUGUGUCAUCAGCUCUUAGUGCCGACUUACCCAUCAAAAUACUUAAGCCCUCAGGUGUAACAUUCAAUGUAGAGCAUGAGAAGCCUGCAGUGCCAGAUGAUAAGACUACAACCAGGAAAAAACGCAAUAUCAAACACAAACCGUUCACUGGAACUGAGGUGUUUGAUAUACUAACAAAGAAAAAACAUCUGGGGGUACAUGAGUUUUUCUACCUGAAGGCUACUGAAGAUGGUCCUUACAGACCAUAUGACUUGCACGUGAUCCCUCACAGUGCAUUGGGCACAGAUUACUACACCUUUUCUCCCACAACUGUAAUACAUGUGCAAGAUGGCUGCAGCAUUGAGUUGUGGACCCUGGCUGAUUGGUAUCGGGAAUCUCUAUUGUGGGGAGCUGUGAAAGACAUCCCGUUUUUCAGAGAUUAUUUACUGCGUAAGACAUUCAAAAGGUGGCAUAGGAAUGUGCAUAUAGCUACUGUCAAACACAGAACUGACUCCCUACCUUUUCAACUGCUGAUGGCUGUACCCCAGUUCAGAGACGCCUUGCAACUACUGUCCAGGUCAAUUGAGGAGAUAAAACAGGUCAGGUGGCUGCCACAGGAUGAUUGCAGGACUUACACUCUCAUUGAUUUCCAAACUGCACUGCUGGAAAGAAAGCAGGCAGCUCAAGAUUCUUUGGAUAGUUUCUUGCAUUGCCAUGCUGAAAUACUGAAUGUGGCGAAAAUGAAAAGUUACAAAGUACACCAAGAACUCCAAAUGGAAGUGGAGCACUCAAAGCUUUACCAAAGUGGUCAAUCUCUAAACCUUCAUCAUACCAACCUCAGAAACCUGCAGAAAGAGCUCAGCCGAGCAGAGCAAGCCCUUCAGCGCCUGGGAAACUUAUCUGCUCUAGCUAACUGCAUGAUUGUUCAAAACCUUAUCACCAUAUUAAGAGAAGAGAGAGAAAAGGAACAACAGGGUGCUCUCUUCCAAGCAGAUAUUGUAUUCGGAGCAGAUGGUCAGCUUACUGUUUUUCCUCCAUUACACUUGUUCCAGGAGGUUUUGAUGGGAGCAUUGCUAUCACUGCCUGAUACUGUCCUGCAGGUGUUUGACUCCUACAGUUUGUCAUGUGACUCUAAAGUCGGACUACCCAGUGGUUCUGUGCUCAUCAGUGAUGCUGAAGACUUCACUGCAGACAAAGGUGCUGGCAGUGUUUUCUCCCAAAAGGAGAGUAAAAUGUCACACCAAACCAUUGUGCCAGCCAAAAUGAAGUCCCUCAGAGUUCUGGCACAAAGAGUGCGAGGCCAUUUUCAACCUCUACCCCGGAGACAGCUAGAAUGGCACUUGAAAACCCAUGCUGAAACACAAGAGAUCCAGAAUGAACAGACCAAAAUUACACAGGCUAUUGCAGAGGUGUACCACCUGUGUGAGGGCCAUUCUUGGUUGACAAAUGUACAUUUGUUCACCAGCCAGUGGGGUUCAGCCUGUCUGGAGGCAUUGCGAGGAUGUUCCUCAGUGAAAUAUGAGGAGCUCAUUAAGAAUCUUCAUGUUUGGAUGGAUAAAGUUCACAGCAUGCCUCCAUUCUUUACUACAUCAAAUAAGUUAUUCACUGUUAAGAUUGACAACAUCAAGGAGGACAUUGGUACCCUGUUGGGCACCAUUAAUGAGGAUGUGCAAAAGCUACUGUGUGAAGAAUUUCAUUCUCGCUCUGAGAACUUGGCUUCCGAGCUGAGAAGAGCUGUGGAAAUCAUGAAGUCUAAGACGAAUACCUUUGAGAGUUUCACAGUUUUUUCAAACAUGGUAAAGCACAGUAUAAAGAUGUCAGAUGAUUUUAAGCAGAGGCUGGAAGACCUCCACUCUCUUCAGGAGACUGUGCAAAGGAAUUAUACAGACAUGACUCCAGAUGGGCUUUUCUUAAUGAAACAGAUUACUGACUUGUUGGAUCAGUUUGGUUUGCUUCUGAAACCAGCUGCAGACAUUGUUUCUCAGGAGCUUCCUUGUAUGGUUAAUACAUUGGACAGCACUUUUUCAUCAUUAGUGAACAAAUUAGAAAACCUGUUUCGGAGAGCCUCAUCUGAACCUUAUCUUGACCCCGACCAAAAUGCCAAGGAAAUGCUUAUCCAGCUCAAUGCCUUGUGCAGCCAAUUCCAUGUGAUUGCUGAACAGCUGAAUAAUCUGAGCAGAGCCAGUGAAAGCCUUAGAGGACACCUGCUGGAUCUUACUUUUGUGACUGUAGCCCAGCAGAAAAUUGAAGCAAGAAAAGGACUCUGGGAGCUGAUGAGUGUUUCCUCCACACAAAUCCAUGAGUGGAAGUGUCUGAAGUUCAGCAAGUUUGUGGUGGCUAAAGCUCAAGACAAGAUUAAUGAAUGGCUACAACAGGCAGACAUAUUUGCAAGAGAUAUUUGCUCUCAUGAUGCUGUGCUACAGAAAACCCUACAGAUCUUGCAGGGGUUUAACCAACUGAUUCCUAUACUGAGUAAACUAAGCAGUUCCACACUGAAUAACAAGCACUGGAAAAGCCUCUCAAAGGAAAUCGGUCUUCUGCAUGAUCCAGAAGGGAAAUUAACACUUGCAGAUCUCAUGUCCAAAGAGCUACUGCAAAAGCAAAACAGAAUAAACAAGCUGGAAGAUGCAAAGGAGAAAAGUACUUCCUAUUCAUCUGCAUCACCUCUCAGAGCAUCAAAGCAUCAUGUUAGAGAUGGCGGAACCUUCACUAUUGUUGGUUUAGAGACUCUAUUGGGUCAGACUAACGAAAGUGUUCUGAGCCUUUCUGACAUACUGCAAACUCUACAUAUUACUGACUUUAAGCAAGAGGUUGAACACUGGCUGCAGCUUUUACAGAGGCUGGAGAAAUUGUUGGAUCUUUUUGAGAGAUAUCAGAACAAAUGGACCUUUUUAAGCAAAACAUUUAAUGAAACAUCUGCAAGAAAUGAACAAAAUGAGCUGAUCGAGAUGUUUCACCCACUGGAUGAGAUGUUUCGGGAAAUCAUCAGGAUCACUGUUAAUGACCCUCAUGUGUUAAGCUUUGUUCAUCUGAAGUUGAUGACAGAGGCCAGUCUAGGUCUUCAAGAGCAAAGUCUAUAUACUGUCUUAAUGAAUGGCCUCAGAGCAAUGGAGGAGAUUUCCAGUCAGUUAUUUUUUGUUUUAGAAUCAGCACGAAUCCAGUUCCCCAGACUUUACUUUCUUAGUGAUAAAGAGGUGAUGAAACUUCUCUCCUUGCCGCUCCCAACACCUUCUUCCCUUUUACCGCUGGUACAGAAAUGCUUCAAGGGAGUUAGUUGGCUUGAUGUUCAUUGUGAAAGGGAUGCACACCAUGAACAUGACUUGACGGAUCUAAGUUCUGAGAUAAUGUGUGUGUGUGGAAUUUAUGGAGACUUUAGGGAACAUGUUCCCUUUCUUUGUCCUCUUGAGCCAAACCUUAACACUGUGGCUUGGCUUUGUCUCUUUGAGGAAAAGUUACAUGCAACAAUGAAGCAGACAAUUCUGAAAUGUAUAGAUGUCCAGCAGUGUUUAGGGCUAGAAGAACAUGAAGACUCCCCAGCCUUGACUGAGAAAAAUAAGAGGAACAGUUCAGAAGGCAUUUAUGAAUCUUGUUCACUUCUGCAGCUGAUAUCUCUGUAUCCCCUGCAGUGCCUUUUGGUGGCUAAAGAGGUUUUGUGGUGUACUAUGGUCCAGAAAUCAUUUCAAAGUCAAACUGCUGCCAUGUUGGCGGCAAUCAAGUCUCGAAAUACAGCAAAACUGCACUAUUUGUGUCAACAAUUAAAAGUCCACUCUGCAAAUUCAAAUGAAGAAUCUUUAGCAUCCAAGCAUGUCAUAAAAGCUUUGCGUGCUUUUGUCAUGCUCACCAGGAAACAUUUCCAGCAAACUGAUGGGCUGGUUAAAGUGAAAGCAGAUUUGGAUUCUUCUUUUGAAUGGCACAAGCUUAUGAAAUAUUACCUUAGCCCAAGUGCUUAUGUAGCUCAAUGUGAGGAAGGUUCGGCCUGUAUAAACCAGUCUGUCUAUGUUGACAUUUUGUGCACACAAUUUCCAUAUGGUUAUGAAUACAUAGGACCUGAGAACUGGAUGAUGGUAACAACUCCUUCAACUGAAAAAGCUUAUAUGGGCAUAAUCCUUGCUCUGUCAAGCUAUAAGUGUGCUUUCAUCAGUGGACCCCACAUGUCAGGCAAGAAACACAUUGCAGUGCAGUUGGGAUAUGCAUUGGGACGACAAGUGGUCAGCAUGAAGUGUUACCCAACUAUGGGUUCCUCGAUUGUUUCCCAAAUGCUUCUAGGUGCUCUUCAAACAGGAGCUUGGCUUGUGCUUGAUUCUGUUGAUUCAAUGAAACAAGGGACAUUGUCUGAGUUGGGACAACAUUUGGCAGAUAUAAAUCAACAUUUAUCUGAAGUUCAACUUGCACAACAGGAAGGAUAUGUGCCACAAUGUGAUGUUUUAUCAAAUCUGGCAUCCUCAUCAUUGAUCAGAAAUCAGAGCAAUACAAUGAAUGAGGCUGAAUGUCACAUUGCUGGUAAAAACAUUUUGGCCAAGCUGAGUUAUGGAUGCAUCACAAUUGCAUCAAAUGGGUGCUCAACUGAGAUACCAGAAAAUCUGAGAGUUGCAAUCAGGCCUGUGUCAUUGAUAGAACCACAUUACAAAAUGAUUGCAGAAGUGAUUUUGAUUUCUUUAGGAUUCUCAAAAGCAGAUAACAUAAGCCACCGUCUAGUCUCUCUCUUCAGUCUAGCUAAGGAUUCACAAUGCCUUCCCGACUUUCUGAGUGGUCAUCAGACCUCUUGGCUUGGCCUUCUCAAAAAUGUGCUUGCUGCAUCUGCAACACAUCUGCAUCAUGAUUGUCAACUGAGAGAAACUUAUAAGAACAUCAUCUGUAGACAAAACAGGACCGGUUCUGCUGGUACAACACUAGUUCCACUUGAAACAAUGCCAGAGAAAGUCGAUAACUAUUCAUUAAACUUUAAGUCCAUGUCUAAUGCAACUGUUAAUGAAGAGUUAGAGGAACAUGCAUCAAUUAGAGGAGUUCUUUCUGUAAUGCAAUACACUUUCUCUGAUCCAAAGAGACUGUUACAGUUCAAUACAAUAUUUGAGGAAAUAUUUCCAAAAGCAAAGUGCUUUACAGGUCUACAAAAGUUGAGAACAGAUGAGAAAGAGCAAAGCAUCCUUGGAAAUGCAGUGAAAGAUGAGUUCCAGCAAAGAGGAUUUUAUACAGAUGCACAAAUGCUUCACAAUGUUUUGAUCUUGUAUCAAGCUUUGAAGCUCUCCAAUGUUGUACUGCUUGUUGGACCAGCAGGUAGUGGUAAAACAACUUUGUAUCAAGUUCUUGCAAAUGCACUUCAAAAACUUUCAAGGGCUGUGGAGGUUGAAUCUCAUGAUCCUGAAGAUUUCACUGACAUCAAACAUCAUUCCUCUAUGCCAUGUUGGACCUCAGUUAGCACAGAAGUCUUAUUCCCACAUACCUUGUCCCACAAAGAGUUUUUCGGCGGUUUCUGUGAGGAAAACAACACCUGGUUUGAUGGAGCUUUCUGUAAAGCAUUAAGACACUUAGAACAGCCAUUGGUCAUUCCUCCUUUCAAAAGCAAAAAGAAGAAAGUCCAAAAUCAAAGCAUUAAAUGGAUUGUGCUGGAUGGUGAUCCACUGGGCAAGUUUGCUUGGUUAGACUCUUUAAGUACUCUUUGUAAUCUUGACAAUCCCUAUCUUCGACUUUCAUCAGGAGAGAAAAUUGAACCAUCAAGUGGGAAGCUGAAAAUACUUUCUGAGAUCACCGACAUUGGUGAUUCAAAUCCGUCUGUAUUGACACAGUGCAAACUAGUAUACGUUUCUGGAGAGAAUCUGUGGAAGACAGUGUGGGAGAGUGAGAUGGAUGUGCUCUCUAUCAAACAUAAUGUGGACCAGGUAACCCUGAAGAUGUGGAGACACCUGGCUAAAAACCUUUUUACAGACACUGUCAUGUUUCUCAAAAACAAGAGACAUUCUUUAGUAAUGGCCAGGGUUGAAAAUGAAGGAAAUCCGUCAUCUUGGAUUGCAGAUGGUUUGCAGGAAGUGAUGUCAUUUUUUAGAAUUCUUAAUGCCCUUUUGGAACAUUUUGGAAAGGGAGGAGGCUUAGGUUGUCCUUCAAGGGAAACUGAAACAACAGAUAAUGCAGUCAUCAAACCACACUGCUCUGAUGCCAUGACUCCUAUUCAAUGGGGUUUGCCCGCAAGAAACCUUUUUUGUGUGGCUUACAUUUGGGGAUUUGGAGGGCAUUUACACCCUAGACACUGGCCGCAAUUUGAUCUUUUUGCACGAGAGGUCCUAUACAAGAGCCACUGCAAAGUUGACACUCCACCUGAUGGCACAGUAUUUGAUCAUUUCUUUGAAUUCAAUGAAGAAAUGGGUGACACAACCAAUUUUAUUAACUUUUGUAGGAAUUACUUUUUUGGUCUUGUUCUCCUGACAUAGUAUGAAAAACAUGCUUAUCUUCUGGACAUGCUGUUGGAUGCUCAUCAACCAGCACUUCUUGUGGGAGAAUCUGGCUCUGGUAAAACAAUGCUGUGCAAGUCUUUAAUAUCACAGGCAAGACCACAUUUGCAUUUACCAGGUGGUCCAGGUCUUCGGUCUUCUGACUUUCACAAGGCUUUUGAGAAAGUGAGAUACCGCGAGACUCAACUGAGCAACAUGGGAUUCUUAAAGCGGUCAAACUUUCUUAUGUUCAUCGAUGACCUUCAUGAAGCAGAAUUUGAUGCAAAAACAUCAAUGACUCUCGAGAUGUUGCGUCAGAGUAUUUCAAGGGGUGAAGUGUUGAGUACUGACGGCACCCACUUUAAGUUGUUCCAAUCAAAAGCCGUUGAUUAUCUAGGCACUUGCAGUGCUCCUCAUGUAAGCAACAACAUUGACAUUUCCCCACGACUUCUUCGACUGUUCACCAGCUUGGCUCUCCCCAGCAUGACUUUGGAAGUCUUGUUUUCUAUGCAUUCCUCGAAAUUGCAAUCAUGGCUGAAAGCAACACAACUCAUGCUAAGUAUUGCAGACAUGGCAAAUAGCAUCAUUACUUCAACUCUUGACGUGUACCUUGCUGUGCGUGAACAUUUUGCUACUUCUAUGCACUGUCUAAGCACUAUGUAUUCUUUGCAUGAUAUUUACAAAGUAUUUCAAGGGAUGUGCCUCUGGAGGCCAAGGCUUGAUGCCCCAAAGCAUCUUCAAAGUAGUCAGGGUGUUAAAAAAUUCUCUUCAACUGAGAAAACUAUAUUUCUUCCAGCUGUUUUUGGUCCUGUAGCACAUGAACUCAAUAUUACUCGCCUGUGGAUGCAUGAAUGUUUACGUACCUUCGGUGAUCGCCUAACUUCAAGUGAGGCAUGCCAAGAACUUAUUUCAGUUGUAGCCAAGGUUUCUGAGAAGAAUUAUGGAACUAGGAUGUGUAUUGAAUAUCAGACAUCCCUGGUAGAUAUUUCCAACCCUGUGGAUAGAUCAUCUGCUAUAAGCACAUGUAAUCUGAACAAACAAGUUAUUUUAACCAAUAUCCAGCUACGAGAGAAUGAUGUUCCCUUGCUUGGAAUGGGAGAAAUCCACUCAAAACAGACAGAGCAGGUUUUAGAGAGGAGCUCUAGCUUAUGUAGUCAAGAAGAUGACGAGGAGGCAUUGUUACACAGAGAGAACAAAUUAAAAGAAAAUGAAAGUGUUAAAAGUGAACCAGCAACAUUAGAGGAUAAAUCUGAGUCUCCGAAUGAAUCCUUUGCUUUGUUCACUCAACAUGUCCCUCCAACAACUUAUAAAAAGAUCUCCCCAAAAAUGAUCAUUCAGUUUCUGCAAGAACUUGCUUCAUCCAUCCAGAAUGUUGUCUUCUCUCCAGAAUUUUGUGAGCCACUAAACAACAUACUUUAUGAUUUUAAACGCAACUCUGUGUAUCAAGAAAGAGACCCUGAAGAACUGCUAGAUCAGAUGGUUUGUGCUCUCAAAAGCAAAGAAGACAAGUCUGCUAACAGUAUCCCCAGAUGGGCUGUGAAUCAUCAGAAUGUAUAUCAGCUUGUACAUAUCCUCCGAGCUUUUCUCAUUCCUGGUGGACACGGAGCUCUGUUUGGAGCAACAAGAAAAACAGGCAGAAAGUCCAUGGUACGCCUAGCAGCCACUCUGUUGGGAUACCAACUAAUCGAGCUUCAUCCUGGAAAUGAGGCCACGUUGAAGGAAAUAUUGAAAGACAUUGGGAGUCGAAUCGGGGUGGGUGGUAGACAUUUGGCUGUAUUGGUUCAUGAGGAUACCAGCCAGGCUGUUAAGGAUGAACUUUUGUUAAUGAUGGCGAAUGGAACUGUCCCUGGGCUUUACUCAGAUCAGGACCUAAAGAAAUUGAUUCUGAAGAUGAAAAUGCAGAUGAAGAAAACACACUGCAAGUUGAUGGAUGAUCAGCUGGUUGAAAUGUAUUACAAAACCAUCCAGAGCAAUAUGCAUGUGUUCCAGCUUUAUCCUCUCCUCCUGGACAACAAAGCAAAACAACCUGAAAAUCUUUCAGUUAUGGAGAAGCAUAUCACUAAGGCUUUGAGUCUCUGUUGUUGUGUAGAUGUGUACCAACCUUGGACAUCUAAGGCUUUAGCUGAAAGUGCCUUGUAUCAUUUAAAAGACAGUCAUCAUGUACCUGAGACAAACAAUACAGUUGCCAAGGAUAACUUAGUGGCUAGUAUGUCUCAGGUAAUGGCAGAAAUACAUCUGUCAGCUACAAAAUAUGCCGUCACACAGCUUAAUUUCCAACCGUUUAGUCCUCGAUCAUUCAAAGAGCUGAUGGUUCAGUUUGUCUGUCUCCAACGGCACCUUUCUGAGCAAAACAGCAUUCGGGAUAACCGGUUGGUAAAGGUUUUAGCAAGUGUUAAGAGCAUGACCGACACAACAAUAAGGCACUCUGAGGAAGUUCUGAGUUUAAGAGCCAGAUGUAAAGAAAAACAAAAGUGUCUGGAGCAGCUGCAAGUCUCUUUGGACACUGCCAACAAAAUUUGGGAUCAAACCCGUCUGCAAAAUUUACUGGAAGAGAAGCGACUUUCCGAGCUAGAGAAUCAGUCACAUCAAGUUCAGCAGCAAGUUCAAGAUGCUUUUAAACAGGCAAGCCCGCUGUUCCAGGCAGCAGUGGAGGCACUGCAGGCUUUGAGCCAGUCUGACUUGGAUGAGGUACGUCAUUACAGGAUACCCCCUGAUGGAGUUGUCGCGGUCAUAGAUGUCAUAUGCAUGCUAUUCAACCAUCCAUGUGGCUGGGAAAAUAGCAAACAGCUUUUAAUGCAGCCUAAUUUCUUGGAGAAACUGGAAUUUUUUGACUGCUCUACAUUAAGUGAUGAGACGAUUAAAACAUUGGGGCAAAUCGUGCAGGCACCAAGCUUUCACCCGAGCUUUGUGCGAGAUGCAAGUCGGGCUUGUGAGUCCUUGUGUCGCUGGCUGGGAGCUAUAUACCAGUAUGCUUGUGUACAGCAACGCAUGGCCCCAAUGAAGGCUCAAAAGCAUCAUUUAGAUGAACUUAUGACUGAAACUCGAGCGAGAUUGAGCGUUGCCAGGAUGCAAGAAGUGUCAGCAGGUGAAAAUCUAGAAGAAUUGGAGAAACAGCAAGAGGUUAACAGACAAGACAUGGAGUUGCUGAAGCUUGAGCUUAGCACAGAAGAAGAAGAUGAGAGGAAGUCAUCUGCUGCUCUAAGGCCGGUGGAACGUUACAUUGAAGAUUGGUAUUUAGCAGAAAAGGAAGCAAAAGUGUACCGUCAUAACACUCCAGGUGAUGCCCUGAUUUUGGCAGCUACUAUGACAUACUUGGGUCCAUUUAGGCCUGAUGUUCGACAGGAACUGCUGGAGAAGUGGCACAAACUUUGUUUCACUGGUGUCACAGACAUGAACCCAGAGGGUUCAGAUACACUUUUACACUCAGACGCUAUGCCCAUUCCUGUGAGUAAGACAUUUCAAAUGGCCUUGAAUCGGGUGCUUGGGUUAGAUCUGUGCCUCAUUCGUGGAGAUUGUGCUGAUUUAGUCCGAAGUGUCGUACUGUGGGGACACAGAGCUGAUUGGGUUCAGCGCUGGCCUUUAUUGGCCGAUGUACAUCAACAUGAGGAACUUAACUCUCAGACGUUGUUUCGUGCAGGAGGUAGUGAAAAAAGCUAUGAGGAUACAUUUGGAAUUAUAGUUUCUGCUGAUGAUCCAGAGUUACUUGAUAAACUUAAUCACGGAGCAGACGAAGGUCUGAGAGUAUUGGUGACACAUAUUGAGCGAGCAGCGGCAAACAUAAAAAUUCUUCAGCCGUUUGUUCAAACAACAGCUUCUGUUUUUUCCGGUCAGAGCCACUCAGUCAAAGCCAUUCAUCCUGACUUUCGUCUCUUUAUGAGCACUUGCCUGACAGUUCCAGCUGUAAUAAAUGAAAUUGACCCUUCAUUCCUAGAUGAGGUGCAAAUAAUCAGUCUUUAUUUGAGCACAACUGAAGUGCAAGAUCUUAUUCUGGCAGAACUGAUGAAGUCAGAGUGGUGUAAACUGUGGACCCUGCACUGCCAAUUGCAAACCGAAAAACAGACACUUCAAGACGAGCUUUCUCAGAACAAGGUUUCCUUGAUGGAGUAUGUCAUGCAUACCUCCACACCACUGCUCCAAGAUCCUGAAUUCCUCCCCCUCGUGUACACAUGUCAGAGUAUCUCUCAUGACCUUGAAGCAAGAAUCAAAGAGCUCUCCCAGGAGAUAGAUCGCCACAAAUCCCUAAUGGCAGAAUUUUAUCGAGUAGCUAAGCUUGGCACAGACCUUUACAAUGCUCUGCAGGAUGUGGCCCAACUUUCAACCAGUUAUCUUUUCACCCUACGCCACUUCCUUCAAACUUUGCGUUCAUCUUUAUCAAAGAGGAGCUCAGACGUGAGCGUUCAUGAACGAAUGGAGAGAACAGUCAGAGUUGAGAUUACCAACAGGAUUGUGUCAAAUUUUUUUUCUCAGUAUAAACCCUGCAUGUUUCAGAGUCACGCAGCAUUACUCAGAUUAUUGGUAUCCGUUGCGCUUAUCGUGCACAAUGAGGGCUGCUCCGAGAUUGAGCGAGUUGCUUUUCUCCGAGAAUUAAGCCAUUGGAAAUCUUCUGAAUGCAUUUUAUCACUAUCCACACAGUCUGUCCCCGAGCUGCCGAGUUGGAUCCCAGCACACGCCAAGGCUGAUAUUUAUCUUUUAGAGACGAUUGCACCCUUCAAGGGUCUUGUAUCAUCCCUGAGCAGUUCAUCCAAGCUCUGGCAGGAGUAUUUCCGCUUUCCUUCCUCCACUGUGAUUGGACCUGUCCCUUGUCCAUCUCACUCACAUUUAUCCACCAUGCAGCGUGCCAUUCUCUGGAAGACGCUGUGCCCUCAUUGGUUAAUGGCUGUGGGAGAAGAUCUUACAGCCUGUGCACAAGGUUAUUUGGCAAAUCCACUUGUUGCUGGAGGCCCUCCAAUUGGCUAUCCAGAAGAGCUGUCCCAGCUUCUGUCCAAAAAUAUAGGACCUGUGGUUGUACGACUGCCCAACAAAAGCCAAGACGCAUAUAUGAGCAUCCAUCCUAUCCACUUGAUUCAACAAGCUGCCAAGUACCAAGCAGACAAGAAAGGGGUAAAGGUGACUGUCAUUUCUUUUGGCACUGUUUGCCAUCGAAAUGCUGUCCUCUCAGCGUUGGACAGUGCUGUCCAGAAUGGACACUGGCUUGUCCUGAACAACUGUCAUCUACUUGACUGUUGGGAUGUCAGAGUUGUUGAUAAGUUAACACAAUUAGUCUCCUGCAAAGGACAUAUGAGAGAUCUGGAGUUAGAUGGUGCUUUAUUAAAAAGUGAAGGAACACUUGUGCAUCCUCAUUUCAGACUGUGGCUCAUAACCAAAGGUGACAAGCCAAACUCAAUCCCAGCUGCUGUCAGGAUCUGUGCCUUGCACUUGGUGUGCGAUUCCUCCUGGGACCUGAAGGAUGAAUUGUGGUCCUCAGUGAAACAGACGCUGCUUGCAUUAAACUCUUUCUCAUCUUCUGCACAUACUAAAACCAUUGUGAGAUCUCAUCUGCAAUGUGCUGUCCUGCAUGCUGUCCUGCUGCAGAGACAAGCAUUCAAACACCUGGCCCAAGGGCAACUUUACCUCUGGACUCAUGAAGAUCUGCUUGCUCUGAUUGAUGCACAUGACCGUAUAACCAAACGCUGUAGUGACCCAUCUGGAGCAUUAGAGUACAUAGCAGGUCAUCUAGUCUAUGGCGCCCAUGUGUCAGACCAUGCUGAUCUAGCCGCUGUGCAGUCUGUUGUUGCUGUAUGUCUCAGACAGCCAUUUGCAUCGUGGGGCCGUGGCCCACACAAUCUUUUAGAUGUCUUUAACUUUAAAGGAAGUUUUGAUGCUGAAUCCCUAUUGAAAGACUUGAGUCAUCGUAUUCAAUGCAUCACAGACAGCACUGACCCAAUAAUCCUAGGCUUUAGUCCAAGUAUGGCAGGUGAACUGAUAAAACUAAGAAGUCAAACCCUCAACAUUCAACUGAAUCAAUCACAGAGCAUCUAUGGAGAUAUCAGAGGAGACAUCAGUCUUAAAAUGCAACCACAAGAACUUACCGAAUACAAGCAGGGUUUGGAAAGGUUACGAAUAUUGCAAGACAAGUUGAAAAAGAGGAAAACGUACACUGGAGUGGAAAUUGGAUCUUCAUAUCUUAGUCCUCUGUAUCAUUUCCUUCUGGCAGAAUUGGAGCGUCUGGACAAACUGGUGUCGCUCAUGCUUUUGGAUAAAUAUAACAUAAAAAGCUCCACUCUUGCAUAUCUGACAUCAGCAGCUCUCUCACGUCUAGAGACUCAAGCAGACCUGCUGGGGUUAUACCUGUGGGAGGAGUCAAGCAGCAUUUUGCCUCAUGCUUAUCAAUUGUCAGCCUUUCUUUAUCCCAAAGGCUUUCUGGUAGCCCUCAUCAGAGAUGUAGCUCACACCCUAAAGAAAGAUAUCAGCGUUUUCUCUUUGCAUUUCCAGGUGCUUAAAGAUACAGCAUCACCAUCCGCUCCAACCCAAAAUGGUGCAUGUCUGUUUGGACUGGAACUGCAGGGGGCGCUGUGGGAACCAGGGACUGGAUGUCUUAAAGAAGCUCUCUCACCCAAGCCUUCCUAUUUCCCACCGCUCUGGGUUAGUGUUCGAGAAAAGAAGGAUGACUUUUCCCAAGACAACUCCUCCCUGCCUCUCUAUUAUUGUCCCCUGUAUGUAGACAGACAAACUGCUGAUGGAGAUCAGUGUCUUUCUGCUGACAACAUUGUUGCUUAUGUUUCACUUGCGACAAGGUUAGAUCCUGUGCUCUGCACUAUGAGACGGGUUAGGUUAACUAGUACUCUCUUACAACUAUCCGUGUGAAAAAUAGGUGACAAUAUAUACUGCAUAUAGAAAAAUCUAUAAAUAUUAGAAACUCACUUUAGCAUAUUAUAGCAAAAUGUUCAUUUAGAGAAAACUUACUGUUAUUAUCUAUCAUUUUCUUAAAGGGACAUUCCACUUUUUUGGCUCAUUUUUCCA